GUGUUAGUUAUUAAGUAUCAGUGUAUUGUAAGACAGUCAAUAAAUGACUCUUGAGCUGACUACACGCCUAUUCAUUUAUCGCUCCGUUCCCGCCACAUUACAGCAGGUUUCUGAUUGGCGGAGGGAUAUUUUUCCAGCACUUCGACGCCGCAUACCUGAAGUGACCCAUAAAUGCAGCAGAUUUGUGUUGCGGUAUAGCCAGCGCUGCGCACGACGCCUGCCCUCUCGCCGGCGAUGGCAUUCACUCACGAGAGCUUCGAGUAGAGGUAUGACGUCAAGCCAAUGAGUGGGAGAGAUCGAGUGACGUACAAUCUGGCGUGCACCACAGCACUCACUCUUGGCUUGGACUCCGAGCGAACAACUACUUGCUAAGAAUACUGUCGGUCGAUUAGUGAUUGCAAUCAUUAGAAUCAGUGUUCUAAAAUUAUCGAGUUUACGAUUAUAACAUAAUAUUAUUACAAUGAGUGGACUAAACUUUGAUGUACUUUAUUAACCAUGUUUGAACUUUGAAAGUGAUUGAGACCCCUGAGUUUGUUUCGGCAUUACUUCUCAGAGUAGUCUGUAGGAAAUGUUAACUUAAUUAAAAGUAUUUAAUUAUGCGAUCAAGUAAAGGUGCACUUUACGAAAAUAAACAUUCCUUUGAUUACGAAAAUUUUAUUGUUUUAUUGCUGCAUACACUACCGCUAUCGAUAUGUAUGACGAAGCCGGCUCUCGCUCAAUUCAUCCGCACUCACUCGACAAAACAACGCAAGUGUUGUUUCACUAUGGUUUUCUGCUCGGCCGUAGGACUCUUCCGAGCCGGCCCAGCUGUGCUGGAGUAUGACUCUCCCACAUUUACUAUUAUAUUAUUCGGAGUUAGAUUUAGAGCUAUUGUGUAUAUCUUGCCUUGCGUUGUGCGUACGUGACGUACAAUAUCCAAUGCUUUGCGGACUGUUUGAUACAGUUCGUACGAACUCUUUGUUCAAUGCAUGACGUGGUAUCAGUGGCAUGUGUCAGUGUGUCACUCGCGCGCUACAGAGUGCUGCUGCGCCGCCGAGACUAGUUUUGUACGUCGUUUACUCCAUUACGGUAUUUUGAUAGAGAACAGCAUUUUGUUACGUUUACCACAAAUGGCAUCACAUCAGUAGGAGAGCGCCCGCAGCCGCCGCCAUGGGGAUCGUACACGCGAAGGUGGAGCGCAAGUACAACUUCGCGGAAGACGAGGCGGGACUGUUCGACUACGACGAGCCAGACCUGGACGAGUUGCCAGUGCCGCGCGCCCCCAUCGAGCUCAGCGGGGUCCGGGCUCGCGUGGACCGCGUCAACGUGGAUGGACUGAACCGCACGAAGGAUGACGUCAUCAGGGGCACCGUGGACGACCUCUUCAAUGCUAAGGACUUCGAGGACGUCAUCGUGCGCGCACACAAGGUGCGGCAGGCGCUGGACAACUUGGGCUGCUUCCGCGACGUGUGCGUGUACAUCGACGUCUCGUCCGGACCUGAGGCCACACCGGAUGGUCUCGAGGUGACGUUCCAGGUGCGGGAGCUGUCGCGCGUGGCCGCGGCCGUCGCCACCGACGUCAGCGAGGACGAGGGCAGCGUCGUGCUCGGCGUGAAGCUACCGAACCUGCUGGGGCGCGGGGAGCGCGCGGCGGCGGGGUACAGUCUCGGACACCUGCGGUCUACCAACAUGCACCUCGGGUUCACGAAGCCGCUGCUGCUGCGGACGUACGAGCCCGUGGUGUCGGGGUCGCUGUACCAGCGCGCGGCGGAGCACGUCAGCUCGGGCUACCGGCUGCUGGACCGCGGCCUGCUGCUCGACCUGGCGUUCCAGACCUCGCCGACGACGAAGCACCACGUGCAGUGGGAGGGAGUGAUGCGAGAGAUGUUCGUCUCCAACAAAACCAGCUUCAAGGUCCGGGAGAGCAGCGGUCCGCAACUGAAGUCGAUGGUCCGCCAUAUAAUCAGCGUGGACCAGCGCGACGAGGCAGUGUUCCCGACGCAGGGAGCACGGUUACACAUCUGCAACGAGCUGGCCGGGCUCGGCGGUAGCGUGGCCAGCUUGAGGACCGAGCUGCAUCUCCAGUUCAACCACACGCUGUCGCAGAAACUCGGACUGGUGGUGCAGGCGUGCGGCGCGGUGGGGUUGUUGCACGACGUGUACGGCAGCUCGGUGGCGGACCACUUCUUCCUCGGCGGCGCGGCCUCCCUGCGCGGCUUCCAGCACCGCGGCGCCGGCCCGCACUGCGACGGACACGCGCUCGGCGGACGGAUGUACUGGGCGGGCGGUCUGCACGUGUUCGCGCCGCUGCCGGUGCCGGGCGCCGGUACUGGGCUGGGCGCCUUGUUCCGGUCGCAUCUGUUCCUCAACACCGGCUGCGUCGCCUCCCCAGAGCGUGGUUCGUCCGGCGAGUGGUGGCGCGAGCUGGGCGCGGCGCGGGGCGCGGGGGGCGCGGGACUGUGCCUGCGCCUGGGCCGCGCCGCGCGCCUCGAGCUCAGCUACGUGCUGCCGCUGCGCUGGAUGCCCGGCGACAGGACCCACGCAGGCAUACAGCUCGGACUCGGAGCGAACUUCCUAUAGUUACUACCACGCUGUGACAGCUUGUCACAUCGAACGGAGAGACUGUCAUCGACUGACGACAACGAUGCAACGUUCAAUCCUUUGUCGGAGUUGCAAUAUUGGAUCUACAUCGACGCUACACCGUGUGUCGUUGGUGUAACACUACAAUAUGUAGCGCCUUCACCUUGACAAACGUUGCGCUACAUUAGCGCCCUCUAGUUUACGGUAGCGUAUUUGACGUGUUUGCUAUUGAAGUGUCGCGUGUAGUGUAUGUAACUGUCGCGCUCGUGUUGCGCGGCGCCGCGCGCGGCUGCAC